AUAAACACAUGCUUGUAAAAUUGUGCCGCAAGGUUUUGAGUAUUUUGAACCAACUUUGUUAGUCUGAAACCGAGAAAUGGACGAAAGAAAGCUGACGCAAUUGUUCAAUUUUAUUUAUUAUGAAGUCUUUUCACUUCCAGAUACACCGGAGCUAUCGAAGUUGCAAAGUUUCAUCAAGGACUGCAACUGGACCGAAUGUUUCCGACAGUCAAUUUUUCAAUCUAUAGCAUCAGGCAAUGCGUCGUCAGCAGACCGCCAGACACUUCUUUCAGCAGCAAUCGCUGCCCUAUUCGCAUUUAUCCAAAACAAUUUCCUUGGACCACAAAUAUCCUAUGCAGGUGUAAUAGACUUUCUCGAGGGAUCCAACGCUGCGACUCGGACCAAUUUAGACGGCGAAGAGCUGAAUGUUAACACCUACUCGCCUGAACUGCUGUACAUUUGCAAGAUUGCAUUCAAAACAUUGAUUGAUGAUGCUGAAAAUCAAGCCAGUAUCUACGACCGACUUUGGUACCUGCGAUAUUUAGUAGUUUAUCAACGAUGUUUGGAAGAUUUGACGCACAGCGUCUACUCUAGAUUUGACCAAAAUGUGGAACAAAUAGCUAAGGUUUUCGACGACCUGGACGAUAAAGAUUUGAAGCUACAAGCGCACAUUGAGAUUGUUCAGGGAUACGUACUGUUCAAAAGAAUCACGAAAUCCGAACGAUGGAUGGCCGCGUUGCAGGAUUUGGCCGGCUUAGAUUUAGCCAUUAAAGGUGUUCUAGGUGUGCGGACGAAGUACCAACAGAACGAAUUGCCGCAGCUAGCUUUGAGGGUGAAAGGUUUAGAAUCACUACCUCUACCAUCAUCCCUGGAAACGCAUGGUCACAUUACACUGCCGACGAUUUUGAAACUUGACGAUGAUGUGCGAUUAGAGAAGGUGAAGUUUACGUCUGAAGAGGAGAAUUUCGAUUUCCAGUUGCCUAGUUUGGUGCAGGAAAUGGUGCUAACGAAACUGUUUUUCCUGAAAUAUUCUCAACCCAAAGACAAACUGGCGGACGAGGUACUUGAGCCGUACAUUACAUCCUUGCUGUACCAAGAACAUGGUCCUUGGGCUGCCCGGAUAUCUAGUUUAUUCCUCAACGUGUGCCAGGAAGCGAACCACAAACGAACCGUCGAUCGUUCGUUAAAACAAUGCGAAGAACUGGUUCACUUAAUAGAUUCCGAUUCGAUUCCCAUGCCCCAUCGAUUGUCGUAUGCUUUCUGUUCUGCCAUCAUUCCCCGCUGGCAGAUCAAAGCAAAACUAGGCGAUCUAAUGGUCAGCCUAGGAAUGAUCAAAGGUGCUUUGGAUCUAUACCUACAGUUGCAACUUUGGGAAGAAGUUAUCGCUUGUUACAACCAUCUGGAGAUGAGACACAAAGCAGCAGAAAUUAUCCAACAAGAAAUUAGUAAGAAUCCUACGGUUACGCUCUACUGUCUGCUCGGGGAUGCCACCGACGAAGUUCAGUACUAUCAGAAAGCGUGGGAAAUGUCGAACGAAACCAGUGCAAGAGCACAACGUCACUGGGGUAAUUUUUAUUUCGCCAAAAAACAAUACCAGGAGGCGAUCCCUCAUUUGCAAAAAUCCAUCGAAAUCAACUGCCUACAGGAGAACACUCUACUACGACUAGGAUAUGCUGCUCUGCAGCUUGAACACUGGGAGGAAGCUGCGAAGGCAUAUCGUCUAUACACAUCACUCGAGUCGUAUGGAUUUGAAUCAUGGAACAAUUUAGCUAAAGCGUACAUUAAACUAGGAGAUAAAAAACGUGCUCACAAAAUCCUCCAAGAAGCACUCAAAUGCAAUUUUAAUAAUUGGAAGGUAUGGGAAAACUAUUUGGUCGUAAGUAUCGACACAAAAAACUAUGAAGACGCUAUAAAUGCCUACGAACGGUUGGUAGAACUGAAGGAUAAAUUUUAUGAUCCAGAAGUAUUGGAAAUUCUGACUAAAGUUAUUUCGGAAGGAGCUCCUGAUGCAAAUGGAAACCCAUCGAGUCGCCUGUCAAAGAAGAUUCUCCAACUACUUGGACAUGCUUGUGCUAAGAACGUCAACAAUGGCUAUUUGUUUGAGCUGUCUGCUCAGCUUGAAACGGAGGAUUCCCUGAGGAGGGCACAGAAACUUCAGAAUGCCUACCGGGGUUACACUUUAUCCAACAGCCAAUGGUCGAAAGCUCCAGAUAGUUGCGGAAAAAUAGUCAAGUUGUGUAUUCAAUUGUGCGAAAGUUCUUUACACGCCUUCCUAGAAGGUAAAUCAGAUGCUGGAAAGCUUGCAUCUCUAAAAUCACAGCUAUCGUCUGCUAGACUUACUGGACAGGGCUGUUGGAGGGCGGCAAGUAACGAAAAUUGGGAACAAAAUGCGGUAUUUGUUGGUGAACUGAAAGAAAUUGUACAGAAGUUGACCGUUGAACUAACAAAUGUUAUGAAUCAGUGAAAUGUUUCUUGUAGGUCAGCAAAAUAUACAAUUUUAACUUUAAAAA